CACUGGAAUCCAACAUGGGAAAGUUAUAUCUCGAAAGAAUUUGCAUUUUUAUUUCUUAUUGUUUCUCUUCAGCUCUCUUGUUGAUGAGCAGCGCUGCAGAGCAACAGUACUUCUUUCCGGAUCAGAGCAACCUCACGUGGCACGAGGCCAGGACCCACUGCCAGUUCUGUUUCAAAGAGCUGGUGACGGUGACCCCGGAGAACAUCAAAACCAUCUCCCAGAAUAUCACCUCUGACUGCUGGGUCGGCCUCCGCAAGAACAUCUCCUCCACCGACGAUUUCAAUACGUCCUGGGCCGAAGGGGAACCCCUCAAUUCCAGUACGUCCUGGUCCCACUGGGCCGACGGGGAACCCCUCAUCUUCCAGAACUGGUACCCUGGUUGGCCUGUGUUGGCGUCCUCUCCAAUGCCAGGAGAACCAGAGUGUGGGAGCUACAUUGAGGACUCCUGCGUGGCCAUGCUCAGCUUUGGGGCCUGGGUUGAAAAGAACUGCUCUGACCGUCUGCCUUUCAUAUGUUAUGACGAGCGUUUCAUUGGCCGAGCCAACGUGACCAAUAUCACCUCUGAGAGUGCUGUUCUCACCUGGCAGGUCGGGCCCGGGGACAUCGACCAUUACCGCGUCAAAGUCAACGAAGAGCUAAAUCAAUCCCAGACCAACAAUUUGACCUAUGACCUCGUCAACCUGACAUCAGGCACCCACUACUCCGUCCAGGUGUUCCCCGUUAAGUGUACGAGAGACCUCGACCCACAGGAGAUCGCCUUCUACACCAAACCAAACAAAGUGGAAAACCUCGCCGUCACCACGGUGACAGAGACCUCCGUCUUCCUGAACUGGAACCCGCCAGCUGGAAACGUGGAUUCCUAUCUUAUCGAGGUCCAGGGUGAAAAGCGGAUUCAAAAUAAAACCGAGGGCAACGAAGUCUGCGGUUUGACGCCUGGGACCGUGUACACGUUCACUGUCUUCGCAGGAGUCGGCAACAAUAUUUGGAGUGAAGAGUCCAACAUCACAGAGUACACCAAGCCUGGGAAAGUGUCUGGCCUGACUGUGUCUGAGAGUACCAACAACUCACUUCUGCUUGGCUGGGUGCGACCUGACGGACACACCUCAGGGUUCAGGGUGACGGCCAUGAAUGACAGUAAUCACGUGAUGUUUAAUGAUACCAAGAACCAAACAGAAGUGAAAGUAACAGCGCUGCCAAUGGGCUCCAAGGUAACCCUCAGUGUGACGGCACUGACGGCCAAUAACACUCUGGAGGGAGACCAAGUGACUGUCGUCGCCUACACCGCUCCCGGACCAAUUUCCAACCUGACCUUGGUCACCACAUUUGACUCCCUUGAGGCCACGUGGAAGCCACCCGAGGGUAAUUCUGUACGUUUCACCGUGGAGCUCCAGCUGGAUGACAAACCUGUAUACACUACACACAACCUCACCAAACCCAGGAAGCACUUUGACGGACUGAAGACUGCAGCCAAUUACACAGUGAUCCUCUGCGCCUUCAGUGGACCUCUCAAAGGCCCGUCAGUGAGAGGCUCCAAGUUCACCAGGCUGCUGCCGCCGACUAACGCCACGGUAAUUUCCUAUGAUAAACACCAGCUCACCUUCCAGUGGAGUGCCCCUGACAACACAGCAAAGGUCAAAUACUCUGUGAGGAUCAACUCCAGCUUCUGGGGCCACACCCUCUCUGAUUUGGACGAGGAAACCUCCCACAGGUUUGACGGCUUGAUAUCGGGGACCAGGUACGACUUUGAAGUGCGAACAAUGGCGGAUGGAAAGUUGAGUACCCCAGCCGUUGUGUCACAUUUCACAGAUGCAGAGGAAAGGGAAAUCAGUCUGUCUAUGUCGUGCUCCUCGGCCGAAUCUCUCCUCUGUGACAAACACACCACGAGGGAACGCGUGUUCAAGCAGUUCCGUAAACAUUUCACCGAGCUGUUGGGGGACAAGGUUUUCUGGAAACUUGAGAAGCAGGAAAUUGAAGGCAAAUAAACAAAAGAAGCAUAAUUAUUUAUUAUUAUUAUUGAUUAAUUGGUAUUGGUGAACAGCAGCAAAACUAUAAUAAUACAAAAAAACUAUUUUAUACUUUUUUUAAUGCUGAUUUCCUCUAGUUAUUAUUUAUUUUAUAAAAUUGUGUGGCCCAUGAUGGUCAAAAUAAAGAAAUAAAGAUGUGGUAAGUUUAAAAAUAAAAAAAGGUAAAAUACAGAGUCAACGACUUGACUCGGUAAAUUCAAGUUCUAUUCUUACUAAUUCAUAAUUAUCAUGAAGAUUUUUGUUGUUUCUCACGUUUAUCUGUUUAUAUUAUAUUCUUCCAAGAUGAAAUUGGCUUCUUUUCAAUAGCGAAUAUUGUAAGAAUACUGUAUAUCAUGUUCUAGCGCUUAAUUUUCCAGCUGAAAUCACAUCAAUCGUGUUCAAUAUAGAAAUAUUAAUACUAAUACUAAUAACAAUGUUUGUGUGAGCUUUACUCCAAAUAAAACUAUUUGUGAUCAACUUUGGUUAACUAAAUGACCCACAGCUUCAUUUAUUACAUUUCCACACAGUUGAUAGAAAACAAUUAGCAUGUUCAACUCUAACCAUAAACUCUGAUUUUAAAUAACUACCGAAAAGAUAAAAGAAAGCACGAACAGCAGAAAUGAGAAAACUAAAAAUGGAAUUUGAUCAGCUACGAGAAACAAAAUGUCCCGCACGCCUUUUUAAAAAAAUUUAAAAGAAAAGGCGGGGGGGGAAAACGCUUAAACCUUAAUUAGUAUUAAAUUACAUAGUUCUUAGCAGGAAACCUUCUUGGUAACAGAUUCCUGUUAAACAAUUAGAGUAUUCUUUACAUCUAAUAUAUAUUGAAUAUACACUAAACAAUGACAGAGCAAGUAACAGACUUCAGCUCUUGUGAUCCAGAUAAAAAAAACACACAUUUUUGACCUGUACUUAUGUAUUUUCUUGAUGAUUAACAUACACAUCAGAAAACAUCAUACAUUUUAAUUCAAUUGGUUUUAUCACAACAAUAUAAUAUAUUCAUAUGAGCAUAUACACUGACCAAUACGACUGAUUGUAUCCGUCUACAUGUCAUAUUUAAUCCAUCAAUCAUCACCUACUCUAAAUAUGUUAAAGGUUAGUUUGGAUGUUUUGAAGUGUGUGGUGCUUAUCAUAGUCAGUAAUAUACAUAAAGGCUCAUGCACCCUGGUUGUGUAAGAGAGACUCCUAACGCACAUCUCCACACAUUGUAUAUUUAGUUUUUAUCAAAGACUGGAUACUGUGACAAAAUGUUUAAUGCAAAGAAAUAAUCAGAGAUAACAAUGAAAGACAACAUGUGCAUAUUAAAUAUUUAUUAUGUUCAUAUCUGAAAGUGCAUGCAUGUAUCUGGAUGAAGAAUGUGCUUAUGAACGUUGUACAAAAAUAAAUACAUUUAU